ACAGCACUUCUUUUCCAUAUAUAUGGAGACCAAACGAUCAGAGAAGUCGUCUCAGUCUUUUUAUCUCUUCUUCUUCUUCUUGAGAAGAUGACCGUCUCUGCCGCCAUGAACGCAAGAAUCAUGGGUUCUGGCAAAGAAACUGUCAUUCUUGCACAUGGGUAUGGAGGAGAUCAGUCUGUAUGGGACAAAAUCCUUCCAUACCUGGCUCAAUGUUGCCGUGUCUUAGUCUUCGACUGGUGCUUUUCAGGCGCCGUGGCCCAUCUCAAUCUCUUCGACCCUGAUAGAUAUUCUUCAUUUGAUGCUUUUGCCGACGAUCUCAUUGCUCUGGUACAGGAGCUGAACUUGAGCCCCUCUGUAUUUAUUGGGCACUCUGUGUCAGGUAUGAUAGGAUGCGUUGCGUCCACUAAAAGACCCGAUCUAUUCAAGAGGUUAAUACUGCUUGGAGCUUCUCCCAGGUACUUGAAUGCACAAGACUAUGAAGGAGGAUUCGAGAGAUCAGCUGUUGAGCAAAUGUUCAUGACCAUAGAGUCCAACUUCAGCUCAUGGGUUCCAAAAUUCGCCUGUCUUCUCAUAGGUGAAGAACACCCUCUGGCCUUGGAGAUGUAUGAGAAAUGUUUGGGAAGAAUGAGACCAGAAAUUGCGCUUUCAUUGGCUAAAACCAUCUUCUUGAGCGAUGUACGAGAUGUGCUGGAGAGGGUUCAGGUCCCAUGCACCAUCGUUCAGACUUCCCACGACGCUGUAAUUCCAAUAUCCGUCGCUCGCUACAUGCAGAGCAAGAUCAAGGGCGAAUCAACACUGGAAAUCAUUGAAAACGAUAACCACUACCCGCAGCUGACGGCCCCUCAGUUGCUGCUUAAUGUUGUUGGUAGAGUCAUCGGCGUUGGUUUUGAUGACAAUACCGAGCUACCAUUUCCGUCAGCCGACGGCCCCUCAGUUGCUGCUUGAUGUUGUUGGUAGAGUCAUCGGCGUUGGUUUUGGUGACAAGAUUGAGCUACCAUUUCCGGCAGCUGAUGGCACACCGAUUAGCAUGAUUGUGUACUCAGAGGGGAUUAAAAUACAUAAAACUCUACUUAAUUAAUUUUAGUGUUUGUUUUGGUUAAUUGGUUGCUAUGGCUCGUUUUUUGCAGAUAGUGUGAAUGAAUUGUUUGUCUAAA